CCUCCUCCCCCUCCCCCUCCCCCUCCUCCCCUCCUCAGUCUCCUCCGGGCUGCUGGCUAACUUCUCGUCGACAGAGCAGCUCACUUCAGUUAGUGUUGGACUGGAUACGUCGAGCAGUGAGGAGACAUGGCUUUCCUGCGCAGCGCGUUCCCUCCGCUUCUGCUUCACGUGUGCCUGCUGAGCUGCAGCGCGUGGGCCAAAGUGGAUGUGACGAUGCAUGACAAUGUUGAAGUGUACCUGGAUGACUACGCUCAAAUCCCCUGCCAGUACAGCUUCACUGACGACAGCAGCGAGCCCAGCUUUGUCAUGAUCCAGUGGUUUGUGGGCGCUGUGGGUGGCAACGCAAGGACGCGCAUUUUCUACGGUGAUAAGAGUCAACAGAUGGUGGACAACAACACGGACUACAGCGGUCGCAUCGACGUGACGUCAGACCAGCAGGGAACGCGACUCAUUAUCCAAGAUGUCCGCCUCUCCGACGAGAGGGAAUUCUUCUGCCAGGUUAGCGGACUGGCUGCAGGCAGCGCUGAGGGCAAGACCCAGCUCAGGGUGUUCGCUCCUCCAGAGCCUCCGGUGAUCGAGGGGGUCCCGACUGGAAUAUCUGUGACCAGUGAGGUGCCGUCUAAGGUUGCAUCGUGUGAGGCUCGAAACGGCUUCCCGAAACCCAACAUCACCUGGUACAGGAACAACACGCCCCUGAUGCCUGAACCGGGACAUGUGAAUGUGUUGACCCUGGUGACCCGGGGGUCCAGUGGCUUCUACUCCGUCCAGAGCACACUGGAGUACAAGGUGGUGAAGGAGGACAAGGAUGCCUUCUUCUCCUGUGAGGUCAGCUUCUUUGUCCCGGCAGCCAUCAGGACAGUCGAGUCCAACAGCAUCAACGUCACCGUCCACUACCCAACCACCAUGGUGGAGCUGUGGAAGGAGUCGCCCCAGGGUUUGGUCAAAGAGGGGGAUACUGUGGCGCUGCGUUGCCAGGGUGAUGGCAACCCCCCGCCGCCCUUCAUUUUCAACAGAGAACAAGAGCCGGACGUGGACUUGGAGAACAGUGGCGACGUGUUGAACCUGUCUCCGGUGUCACGGAAAGACAGCGGCAUCUACCAGUGUCGCCCUCUGGACACCGACGGCCACGCCGAGGUCAAAGGAGAGAUGCAGCUCACGGUGCACUACUUGGACCCGGCUGUGGUGGUCCCUAAAGACUCAGAAGUCAUGCUGAGAGGAGAAGACCUGACUGCGACCUGCAAUGCUCUGUCCUCCCUCAAAACAUCCACGGUCUGGUACAAGGCUGGGCGGCAGGUGGGUAAGGGGAACACUCUGCACCUGAGGGACGCCACCUACGAGACAACGGGAGAGUACGUGUGUGAGGUGACCGUUCCUUCCUUGCCUGCGCUGCACACCAGCGGCUCCGUCCACAUCAUCGUCCAAGGUGGUCCCCAGCUGGUGGGAGUGGAACAGGAAGUGCAGCUGGAGGAGGCUGAAGGCAGGAUGGUGAACUUGAGCUGUGAGGCUCAGGGCCACCCGCUGCCCAGCAUCUCCUGGAGCAUCAUCGGCAGCCAGAGCUGGCAGGAAGUGGUGAGCAGGGCCAGCGAGCACACGACCCACAGCGUGGUGUCCGUCAAGGUCACCUCAGACAUCGUCGCUCAGUGCAACGCGUCCAACGACAUGGGAACUGAAGCCAAGGCGUUCAGCAUCAAAGCCAUUCCCAGACUCACUUCGGCUGCUCCCUUCUCUCCUGCCGAGGGCAGCGGCGUCAUCAUCGUGGUGAUCAUACUGAGCCUGUUGCUGCUCGCCAUCCUCGGCAGCGUUCUUUACUUCCUGCACAAGAAGGGGAAGAUCCCGUGUGGACGCUCAGGGAAACAGGACAUCACCAAAGAGAAAACCACCAAAGACGAUAUCGUCGUGGAGAUGAAGACCAACGCGAAGAAUGAGGAGGCUGUGCUCCUAAAGGCCGUCAAUGGAGACAAAAAAGGCCCUAAUGAGCAGUAAAGUCCCAGCAGAGACGUCCAGCGGGAGGAGGCGGAACACAUGAAGCCAGCAGACAGUGUGUGCGUGUGUGUGUGCGUGUGUGUGUGUGUGUGUGUGUGUGUGUGUGUGUGUGUGUGUGUGCUGGAGCAGAGGAGCCCAUAGACGCAUCCACUGAUCUGAGACCUGCAGAGUUAACACGACAUCACAAUCUGGACUCCCCCCCAUCAUGCUCAUCAUUCAGUAGAUUUAUACACACACACACACACACACACACACACACAGGUAUCUAUGUACAGAUGUGUGUUUUGUUUUGACUGAAUGUUUGCUCCGUUGACGUUCAGUUUCUCCGUUUGUUUUGUGCUGCGUUCAGCUCUCGGCAGUGGUUCAGUGUGUGUACGAUGUCGUUUCACGUGCACCUUUUGUUUGUUUUCUUUCUCUUUAUGAAAGUGUAUAUAUUAUAUAUAUUUUGUUAUUUAAGAUGUUUUGGCACUCAUAUUUUCAUUUCGUCUGGGUCGUGUGCACGUCGAUCCGUCCACAUGGGUUUUAAUUUAGCAGAAAAGUGAUGAAUCCACACCGGGAGACACUGAAGCUCGGGGUGAUGCGAACACUGCUGAUCGGUCACACACACUGCUGUCAGGCCCUCGUGCUCUUUGUAAAUACAUGUAGUGUACAGACCUGCUCGUGGUGGCCUUGGACUGUUACUGAAGGCGAUAAGGUCAGAGUUUAGCCGUCUGCUGUGCCUGUUUUGAGGAUGCAUCAUACACUGAAUUUGUUUUUUGGUUUUUUUUUAUCUUUCUUCGGUUUGCUGUGUGUGUUUUCUUUGUUUCUCCUGAGAGCUGGUCGGGCCUUGAAGGGGUGUUCCAGCGUUUGUGCAUGUUUAGCGUGUUCGCCACAGGUAACACAUCCCGCACUGCUGACGGUCCUGCACAUCCGUGGUCAGAGUCAGUGUUAUUCCAGGAUGAUUUCAGCCCUGCUCUGCAUUAAGGGAAGACAUGCAGCUUCUCUGGUUCGCUCCUUCGAGGGCCCCUUUUGUGAAUAUGAUGUGCUGAGGUUAUUGUGAAACUGUACAUUUCGUUGCUGCCCAGAUGACUUGCAACAUAGCGGCGUUUUUGUUUUUCCCCACUGAGUUUUAAGUCGUACAAACGUCAGGUUCUGACGUCGUCCUGCUGUCGUUAGAAAAGCUGCACGAAGCCACAACACCAAGCGACUGCGCUGUCUGCUUUGCGACUGCGCAGUCUGCUUUGACCCGCAAACGUGCAGCACGACUUUAAACAUGUUGUUCUUGAUUCUUCACCGGCGGGAAAACGAGUUUGAAAGCAAACAUUGCAAUUAUGUUCUUUUCUAAUUGUGUGUAAAUUAAGUUCUGUACAUGUGAUUCUUUGAUGCUUGCGUUUUUUUUAUAUUUUUUGCAGGAAAAUAAUGCCAAAUAAAAACGUUUCAUUUAAAGAGA